AUGCCAGAAUGGUCGCGGGUGUUUCCCCGACGGCUCGGAGCACUGAGCGGGGCUGCGGCGGUCGGGGCGGCCGCCUACGGGGCUCAUGAUUUCCAUCGGAGUGACCGAGAUGACUACUUAAAAGAGCUCUACGAGACGGCCAACAUAUAUCACUUCCUCCACAGCCUGGCCCUCCUGGCUGUGCCCCACUGCCGCUAUCCCCUGAUGGCCGGCAGCAUCCUGUCCCGGGGCAUGGGGAUGUUCUCUGGCCACGGCAUGACAGGGGACCCGAUCCUGACCAAGGCGCUCCCUUAUGGUGGUUCCCUCCUCAACCUCGGCUGGAUCGCCAUGGCCCCUUGACACCUCCAUUCCGGCCCCAUGUGCCCCCCUCCCCAUCGCCAGGGCAGCCAACCCUGCUCCUCAUUCCCCCUCUUAGGCUAGCCAGAAGGGAGCCCUAGGACAGGAGAGAUGAUCUGCCAAAUGUCAGAGUGGGAUCACUUGAGGUCUUUAGCCCGCCCCGAACGCCUCUGUCCUGCAUCUUGGAAUUCCGCAAAUGCCAAAUGCCAAAUCCCCUUUUAAAAAGCCAAUAUCCUCCCCCCUCCCCCCCAAAAAAUUUGCAACCAGAUUUGAGUUUGUGAAGGAGGAAGAGCUUGGGCCUUGGCAUGCAAUGUCUGAUCAGUGCUUUUCAAUUGGUGUUUUUUUAACUUAAUAAACGAUGAGAGUGAUAGAAAGAAAGAAAGAAAGAAAGAAAGAAAGAAAGAAAGAAAGAAAGAAAGAAAGAAAGAAAGAAAGAAAGAAAGAAAGAAAGAAAGAGCUUGUCCUUCUCUGCCUCCUGACAUUGCUUUCAGAGCAGUCCUACCCUGUCACAGCGUCUCUUGGUUCCUGCUUCUCGCCUCCACAGCAGCCCAUGGAGUCCUGCCCCACUCCUUCCCAGCACACUUUUAGAUUUCAAAAGGGACAAAUUUUCCUGUGGCAUCACAUCCCCAUCCCCUUGGCAACCUGCCAAUUCUCCUGUCUGUCCACUUCUGGGGGGCACAGUUCUUUUGCAUUGCCAAGGCCCCCAACGACUCCAUGCUGGUUCCCCAUUGUUGCUCAGUGGCUCUGCAAGGUCGACCCAUGAAUUCUGGCACAGCUCUGCAGCUUGUCUUUUCCCUUCAUAUCCCAAUAUUAUCUAAAUACUACCAUUUAUUAGUUUCUAAUAUUCACUAACAGACUGGUCCCCAGCCAUAACACUAUAUAUUUUAUAGUACUUUCAUAUUAUGAGUCAUCUCAAAUAAAUUUUCUUCAUUGCAGCUGCUGAGGCCCACUGAGGCUGAGGAGUUGUUGUGUCUUUCGCAGAGGCCUUCCUGGGUCUCCUUGGCUGCUCAGUCCUCCCUGCGAGGAAGCCCCUUGUCUCCCUCAGACUGAGCUCCAGCCUGGCCCUCCCCUUGCCAAAUGGCUGGAGAACGAGGAAGCUCCCGGGAGAAGAUGUCCUUUCUCCUGCUUUUCUCUGACCUCAGUAGAUGCUGUCAUCCAGCCCUCCCGGGUUGGGGGCCUGGGCAGUUGAAUCCUCCCUCCCUCCUCUGCCAAGGCUGUUGCUCUUUCACC